AUGGAGACUCAAAAUCCUCCAAGAUCUCAUUGCAAAUUUCAUAUUGGCCAGCGCAUAACUUUUCAACUUCCAUCAAUUACAAUAUUAUUACUUUAUGAUUUGAAGCAUGACUGUGUAUUUGGUGAUGACUUUGAUUUACCUGAGAUAAAAAUUUUGUCAAGGAUCCUGCGAGAUCAGAAACAAGAUAUCUUGUAUUCUCUGUCUCCUGGAACCAGUGUGACACCGGCUAUGGCCAAAGAAGUAAUUGGAUUAGUCAACAUGUAUAGGAUAACCGGUGAUGAUUGGGAUUUAUGGGGAGAUGUUGCAGCUCAUUUUGCUGUUACAAGGGACAUCGCAGCUGCUAACAUGAUUGGUUCUGAGGGCUUGCUGGGGAAGUCAUGGCCCAACUUAGAUAUGCUACCACUGGGAUGGCUUACUGAUCCAGGUUCCAAUCAAGGACCACACAGAAAAUCUAAUCUUAAUCAAGAUGAGCAAAGGACUCAGAUGACUUUGUGGGCUAUUGCAAAGUCCCCACUCAUGAUUGGAGGAGAUCUUAGAAAGCAUGAUGUUACCACAUACAAUCUGCUCACGAACCCCACGCUGUUGGAAAUGAACUCUUUUAGCUCAAACAACAAGGAGUUUCCUUACGCUACUGUUUCAACGGAGAGUAAGGCUUCCACAAGCCGAUUAAGAUAUCCAAAAGGAGUGAAUAUGUCAGAAACGCAAGCUUUGAGUCUCACUAGCUGCAAAGAUCCUGAUGCAAAUAAUUGGUCAGUCGAACAUCUUGACCAAGAUCUUGAGCAGAUCUGCUGGAAAGAAAACUUGGCAAGCAAUGUCCGGAAACCUUUAUGCCUAUACAAGAGAAGACCAUUAUUGGCUUCGGAUGAAGAGAUAAUAUUCAGACAACAGUAUGAAGGGAAAAUUCAUCUAUCUCUGAACGAUGGGAUGGAGUUUUGCUUGGAUGCUUCACCACAGCGGAAGCUCGGAGCAAAAGAUUUCAAGAGAGGUUCAUUUUCUCCCUGCAGCUUGGAUGCCAACCAGAUGUGGGAGUUGAAAAAUAAUGGAACCGUCAUCAACAGUUACUCUGGCCUGUGCGCUGUCGUUAAAUCAGUGAUAGCUAAAGCUGAUACUGGGAGAAUUCGAGCUUGGAUUGCAACUGGAAGAACUGGGGAGGUGUAUCUUGCCUUUUUCAAUCUGAAGCCAUACCAGGUGAAAAUAUCUACAUAUCUAUCAGAUAUUGCAGAGGCUCUUCAUAGUAGAAAAUUAAACCCCUGUAAAAGCAUAUCAGAGAUUUGGAGUGGAAAAGAUUUUGAGAUAACACAAAGCUUAAUAUCAGCGGACGUGCGAAGUCAUGGUACUGCACUUUUUGUCUUGAACUGUUCUUAG